CGCCCGCGCGUGUGCGCGGCCGAGCGAGGGCGCCGCACGGGCCUGAUGGGGUGAUCCAGGCUUUCGGGGACGCUGAGCGCCACUUUCCUCCUCCCUGGAAGUGUGAGAGAGAGAGAGGGGAGAGGGGGAAGCGGGCUGCUGUCCUGCCAGGCCACUUUCGCUGCGCGAUUCCCCGAGCUCCCGGCAGGAGGUGAAAGUCCCCGGCGGGGUCCGGAUGGCGCAGUUGAGCUGCUGAGCUCGCCGCCGCCUGCGCGCGCUGGGUGCAGGGGACUCUUCCUCGGCUGCUCCCCCACUUCGCGGCUGAGGAUCGGUCUCGGACACGCCGCCUGCGAGGCAAUCCGAAAAUUGCAGAGAGGGAUUUUUAAGGACACUUCUGACUUGCCAAGCUCGCCUUCAAUCUGAAAAACCAAAGGCGGGAGGGGACUGACUCCCUGCUGGAGAAAUGGCAAUGACACCCCAGCACGUGAUCACCAUGUUUGCCCUGCUGAGCUCCUGGGCCACUGCUGGUCCAGAGCCCGGCACCCAGUGUGAGCUGUCACCGAUCAAUGCCUCUCAUCCCGUCCAGGCCUUGAUGGAGAGCUUCACCGUUCUGUCUGGCUGUGCCAGCAGAGGCACAGCUGGGCUGCCGCAGGAGGUCCAUGUCCUAAACCUCCGCACUGCAGACCAGGGAGCAGGCCAGCCGCAGAGGGAGGUUACGCUGCAUCUGAACCCCAUCUCCUCAGUGCACAUUCACCACAAACCUGUAGUUUUCCUGCUCAACUCCCCGCAGCCCCUGGUCUGGCAUCUGAAGACAGAGAGACUGGCCGACGGUGUCCCCAGACUUUUCUUGGUGUCGGAGGGGUCUGUGGUCCAGUUUUCGUCGGGAAACUUCUCCUCGACUGCGGAAACGAAAGAGGGGAGUUUCCCUCACGGAAACGAGCAUCUGCUGAACUGGGCCCGGAAGGAGUAUGGAGCAGUGACUUCGUUCACCGAACUCAAGCUAGCGAGAAACAUCUACAUUAAAGUCGGGGAAGAUCAAGUGUUCCCACCCACGUGCAGCAUAGGGAAGAAUUUCAUCUCGCUCAAUUACCUCGCUGGGUACCGCCAACCCACACCUGCCGAGGGCUGUGUCCUGUCCAGUCAGCCCCAGGAGAAGGAAGUGCACAUUAUUGAGUUAAUCACCCCCAACUCGAACCCUUACAGCGCCUUCCAGGUGGAUAUAGUCAUCGACAUUCGACCUGCUCGUGAGCAUCCUAAGGUGGUCAGAAACCUCAUCCUGAUCUUGAACUGCAAAAAGGCUGUCAACUGGGUGGUCAAGUCCUUUGACGUCAAGGGAAGCCUGAAAGUUAUUGCUCCCAACAGCAUCGGCUUUGGAAAAGAGGGUGAAACAUCCAUGACAGUGACCAAAUCGAUAAGGAAUGACAUCCCUUCCACCCAAGAGAAUCUGCUGCAGUGGGCAUUGGGCAACGGCUACAGUCCAGUGACGUCAUACACAAUGGCGCCUGCGGCUAAUAGAUUUCAUCUCCGCCUUGAGAGCAGUGAGGAGAUGAGAGACCAGGAAGUCUACACCACUCCUCCAGAGCUCCGGAUCCUGCUGGGCCCUGGCCACCUGCCUAGCCUGGACGGCCCACCCAUCCUGGGAUGGGAAGACCAAAAUGGAGGUCUCCCCUUUCCUUUCCCGGACAUCUCCAGGGUUCACCGUCCAAAGGGUCCCAGCAUCCCGCUGUUUCCUGACUACAGGGAGCCAGAAGAGGUGCAAGGGGGCGUGGAUGUCGCCUUGUCGGUCAAGUGUGACAGUGAGAAGAUGACCGUAGCUGUGGACAAGGACUCCUUCCAGACCAACAGCUACUCAGGGGUGGAGCUCACCCUGUUGGAUCCCUCAUGCAAAGCCAAGAUGAACGGCACCCACUUUGUUCUGGAAUCUCCCCUGAAUGGCUGUGGCACUCGACACCGCCGGUCAGCCCCUGAUGGUGUGGUUUACUAUAACUCUAUUGUGAUACAGGUUCCAUCCCUUGGGGACAGCAGUGGCUGGCCAGAAGGCUUGGAGGACUUGGAGUCCGGUGACAAUGGAUUUCCAGGAGACGAAGAUGAAGAAAUCACCCCGCUGAGCCGAGGUGGAAUUGUAGUGUUUAACUGCAGCUUGCGGCAGCUGAGGAAUCCCAGUAGCCUCCAGGACCCGCUCGAUGGAAACAUCACCUUCAACAUGGAGCUGUACAACACAGACCUCUUUCUGGUGCCCUCCCCUGGGGUCUUCUCGGUGGCAGAGAACAGACAUGUUUACGUGGAGGUGUCCGUCACCAAGGCUGACCAAGACCUGGGAUUUGCCAUCCAGACCUGCUUCGUCUCUCCGUAUUCAAACCCGGACAGGAUGUCCGACUACACCAUCAUCGAGAACAUCUGUCCCAAAGAUGAGUCCGUGAGGUUCUACAGCCCCAGGAAGGUGCACUUCUCUAUCCCACAGGCCGAGACGGACAAGAAGCGCUUCAGCUUUGUGUUCAAGUCCGUGUUCAACACCUCCCUGCUCUUUCUUCAGUGCGAGCUGACUCUGUGUACCAGGAAGAAGGGUCCCCAGAAGCUGCCAAAGUGUGUGACACCUGACGAGGCCUGCACCUCUCUAGAUGCCGCCAUGAUCUGGACCAUGAUGCAGAAUAAGAAGACGUUUACCAAGCCCCUGGCUGUGGUCCACCAAGCAGAUUAUAAAGAAAAUGUUCCAAACGCUAAGGAGGAGUCCAAUCCAGUUCCCCCCCCUCCACAGAUUUUCCAUGGUCUGGACACGCUAACCGUGAUGGGCAUCGCGUUUGCAGCGUUUGUGAUCGGAGCACUCCUGACGGGGGCCUUGUGGUACAUCUACUCCCACACAGGGGAGACAGCACGAAGGCAGCAAGUCCCCACCUCGCCACCAGCCUCGGAAAACAGCAGCGCGGCCCACAGCAUUGGGAGCACCCAGAGCACUCCCUGUUCGAGCAGCAGCACAGCCUAGCCAGAGCCAGAUGCCCACCGCUGCUGCAAGGGGCGGGGCCCGAUGUGCCAGUGCUGUGUGUCCAGACUCGGAAAGGCUUUGACCUGGGUUCCCUGUAAAGAGAGUAAAGUCGGAGUGUAUAGACGGCCUGCUGUACCCAACCCCCCAUCAUCACAGCCAAUGUCAAUGUGACCCCCUGGACAUCUGUCACACACAAAAGCUAAGCUGGUGGCCUUUCCCCCUCAGGUCCCUCACAGGAUAGGGGUUUCAAUGUGAAACAUACCAGUUUUUUUUUUAAAUGCUGCUUUGUCCAGGUGUCCAAACAAACAUCCAUCAUAUGGGGUGGUUAAGUUUUAACCCAGAGUUACGGGGAAUAGUAAAAAGGAUGCGACAGCUGGAAGAGUAGAACCAGGGAGAUUCUCUCCUAACUGAACCAAGAUGUAAAGUAGAAAUGUACCCUCCAUAUCCAAUCUGCAACUCUUCUGACCUACCACACCCACUUGGUCCCCUGUUUAAGCUUGCUAGCCUUGGGGGUGGGGGCUAACACCCUGUCACACUUAUCAAGGCAACAUUCCUUUCUUGGGCCAAAAUGAAUGCCCAUUCCUGUUCCUUUCCAUGCACGCCAACUCCAUAAGUGUCUUAAGGUCAAAUUUGUUUGUUCUCACAGGCAUACAGAAACAGAAAAUGGCCAGAGUGUGGAACAACACACUUCUGUGCCCGUUUCUGACAUUUUGUCCUGAUGUUUAAAAUUCAGGGCUGGGAUGGUGGGGAGAGGGUGGUAUUCAGUGGUAUUUGCAAGAUGGUGUGUGUGCGCAUGCCUGUGUGCAUAUAAGCACAAGUGUGUAACAUCUGCACGUCUGAGAUAGGAUCACACCCUCCUGGAAAAUGUUCUAUGCUUCCAGAGUCAGAACAUGACUUAUAUGUGAUAGACUAUAUGGGCUCAACACACCAGCCUUACUGAUGAGCCUUUUAUAAAAGCCAAACCCUUCCAAGGAGGCAGCUCCUUAGGGAUGAUGGGCCCCAGCUCAUCUAAUGAUGUCACCAGCUCUACCCUGAGGGUGUGGGGGGAAAAGGGGACAAGAGUGUUCAUGUUAAAGGAUCUCACAGAGAAGGGUUUCAGGAGAACGUCCUUCUGACAGUAAUGUGAUGCCACCAUGACAGAGCUCAGCGACAGCUCUUCCAGGGAAACUGAUCCCCAGAGGGGACUUCUCCAUGCCGGAUCCCCUGCAAAUUAAGUAACCUUUCUUUCCCAGAACCCCUCCCAACAACUUAAGAUUCCAUAAGCAGAACAAGCUAGAUUUCUAGCCCUGAACUCUCACAAGCAAACUCCACUGCCUUUAAAGUCAGGCCGUUGUGCCUGGGCUUCAUGGUUGAAAAGACCUCUUAGUCACUGUGCCCUAGUCUAAUUGGAUGGAUGGCAGGCACAGCCUUUAUUCAGUCUAGAUAAUCUGAACCAAAGCAGAUUCCUUCAGGGCCAAUAGCUUCAGACUGAUGCAUUGAUACACUGAAAAUAUUUCAGAUUUGCAUUGAUACACUGAGAAUAUCUCAGAUUUCCACAUGUAAGGGCAAAAUUGUGAGAGACUAGAGAAACUUUUCUUCAUUGUUUUAUAACAUGAAGUUGUCAAUUGUGGAGGACCUAGAUAUUUCUACGCUACCUGUGUUUAAAAAUAAUGCGCUUUGCCUAACCUUCAGCAGAAUGUAAUUGUUAAGUAUAUUCUAUGUAUAAAGAUGUUUAAAGAUGUCUUCAAAGAAGACUAGAGUCUUUAAAUCACUUAUAGCUAUAUUUUACUACAAAAAGUCUGUAUAAAGAUAUAUUUAAAUGUUUUAGAGAAAUUUAAGUUACCCCAUAUGAAAUGUUUAAUUUCAGUUACUGUGAAUUCUUCUAAUCAGUUACUUUAAAAAAAAAAACGUUUCCAUCUUGUUAGAAAGAAAAUUAGCUAUAGGAAGGUAUUAAAAAGAUUCAUUUCUUAGAUGGACAGAGUUAAAAAAAUUUGUAAUAUAUUUAAAUGUAUAUUUGAGAGAUAAUACAUUGCCAAUGAUUUUAUAAUCUUAAAUUAACUUACAAAUUUAUAAGCUGCAAAGUAAAAGAUUUUUAGGAGAAAGAAAAAAUGCUCUUUUAUUCCCUUAGACAUCUAUUACUCAGCUCAAGAAACCCAACUCAGUAUUGGGGAAUGAAUGUCCCAAAGUAUAAAAAGCAAAGGUGGCCUCCCCGGCCUCUUGUUACAGCAUUUCCGACUGCUUCGCCAUUCACAGACCUAAAUACAAAGUACAAGCUUUACUUUCGUAACGUAUUCUGCAAGUUUCCUAAGACUGGCUGAAUCCAUUUCUAUCCUACAAAGUCUUGUGUUGUUUCCGGGGGGCCACACCGUGACCAGAAGCCACGCCAGACUGCAUAAGUCCAAGGUGGCUGUUGGCGGCAACGCUCUGUAGCGUUUCGUUUGGUGGCGGUAUUCCCCAGCUGUUAAUGCGGUGUUUUCAAAGGCUGGAGACUUUUCUUCUGCCUGAGCUGGUCAUGUAUCAGUUUUGUUUUGUUUUGUUUUCUCCCUAAACACAAAAUGGUGUCUUGCUCGUCUGGUAAUGAGAUUGUACAUCCCGUUUCCUGUGUGUUCUCCGCAGGCGUGCCUGAGUGUGUGGGCUGCGCAGGUGCGCGCCCUUUUUGUACUGUAACUACCUCAUGGUCUGAAUGAUAAUACUGCUGGCUGUAUUAAAAAGAGCACAUUUUGUCGGGUGAGUUGUGUAUGCAAACUCUUUUUAAACCCUGUCUGUUUUUAUCUGGGGGCUCAUUCGUAAAACUGACAAAUACUUUUCUAGGAAGGACUGUUAUCGGUUCCCAAAUACAAUAAACUCCUCUAUUCUGGUUUUUCCUGAAUGAGCCUUUGAUUGUGUUACUGUUUUUCAUCUGUGAGGGUCAGAGUGUACCCUGAAAAAAAAAUCCCUGUGGCCAGUUUGAACACCCCCUGCUGUAACCUGUCCUGUUUGUGAGUCAGCGACUUUGUGAACCUGCUUAGAGUUAUAGUUUUGAUAACCACAACUUUAAUUCUUUUAUCUGUGCAUAAUAAAGAGAUAUAUAUAUCAGUUA